GGUAAGGGAGGGUAAACAUUCUGAGUCACUGGGGUAAGCUAGGCUCCUCUGUCUAUCUAAUACUUUUCCAUAUAUCAACAACGACUGUAGCUUGGAGAGAGAAUCUACCAGUCUCCUUAGGGUACAUAAAACAGAAGAAUUCCCACUGAACGGUAGGAAGUGGUGAGCUCAGCUCAGGGACAUUGGCUUGGCUUGGUUGAUCAAUGGUAAAAUGCAUGUUUCAUAAGAAUAUUGCUGCUAAAUAGGGAGCAAAAUGGAUCUCCGGGAAAAACAUGGCCUGGUACUCCUGGACCAGCUGAGGAAGAUGAGGGAGACAGAGAUGCUGACAGAUGUUGUGCUGGUUGCCGAGGGCAUCAGCUUUCCUUGCCAUCGUCUUGUACUGUCCGCAUUUAGCCCCUACUUCCGUGUUAUGUUCACCUGUGGACUGCGUGAGUGCAACAACAGAGAGGUUAUUCUGCGUGACACCCCUGCAGACAGUCUUGGUCUUCUUUUGAACUACAUGUACUGCUCUGAGCUGCCUCUCUCCAAUGACAAUGUACAAGGGGUCUCCAUCGCUGCCUUUCUCUUGCAAAUGGAUGAAGUGUUUUCCCGCUGCCAACUUCACAUGAGAGAGAACAUGGAUGCCUCCAACUGUCUUGGAGUGUAUUACUAUGCCCGUGACCUGGGAGCAGAGCAGCUUGGUGACCACGCCCAGUGUUACCUGCGGCAGCACUUUGUGCGGGUGUGCCAGAAUGAGGAGGUGCUGGACCUGGAAGCUCACCAGCUGGGGAAGCUGCUGAGCUCUGAUGACCUCAACAUUUCACGUGAGGAGACCAUCCUGGAUGUGGUGCUGCGCUGGGUCCGUCAUGACGUUUCUGGAGAGGUUGAUGGAAGGAGCCGGCAUCUCCCAGAGCUCCUUCGAAAGGUCCGUCUACCACUAGUGAGCCCUGACUACCUGAGGGAGGCGAUGAAGAGGAAUACAUCCCUGUUGGCCAAUGCAGAGUGCAUGGAGAUGCUAGAGGAGGCUCUGGAGGUCACAGGGAUGCACCCGUCAGCGGCUCCUAGACGCCUGAAGCUUCGCUACGGCAUGGAGACGACAGACCUGCUGCUUUGUAUCGGCAAUGAGGGCGGAGGGAUCAGGUCUCGAUACGGCAGCUAUGCUGAAUAUAGUUUUUGCUACGCUCCUUCCACAGGCCGCACCCACUACAUCACAUCUCCACGCUAUGGAGAGGCUCUGGGUUAUGUGUGUGCAGGUGUUGUCACUGAGGGAAAUGACAUCAUAGUGGCCGGAGAGGCAGGUGCACGCAAAAUGGCAAGACAGAAAGACAGAAAUGUUGAGAUUUUCAGUUAUCAGGUUGAUACUCAAGGUAGCUGGGAACACCUGAGCUCAGCAGAGUAUCGUGACUCAUAUGCUCUGGGUUCGCUGGGUGACACUCUGUACCUGUUAGGGGGGCAGAUGAAGCUGAAGAACCAAUACCUCAUCACUAACUGUGUGGAGCGCUGGUCCUUAAAGGGUGGACCCUGGCGAAGUGCUGCCCCAUUGCCUCUACCGUUGGCAUAUCACAGUGUCGUCAGAAUGAAAGGUCGUCUUUAUGUGCUGGGUGGUCGAACCCCACAGUCCUACCGAAUGGAUGACGAGCCUGACCGCUUAAGUAACCGGAUGCUGGAGUAUGACCCAGAAUCAAACAAGUGGACUGAGCUAGGUCCCAUGAAGUUCUCCAAAUAUCGUUGCAGUGCUGUGGCUCUUAAUGGGGAAAUCUAUGUGUUAGGGGGUAUUGGAUGUGAAGGAGUGGAUUGUGGCCAAUCACGUCGCUGCCUUGAUGCUGUUGAGAUCUACAACCCUGAUGGAGACUUCUGGAGAGAUGGACCGACUUUGCCCUCUCCCCAAUUGUCCUUGCGCACCAAUGGUUCCAAUGCUGGUGUGGUGGGGGGCAAGCUAUACAUGUGUGGAUAUUACAAGGGAGCAGAUCGUCAUGACAACAUAACAAAGGACAUCCUAGAGCUGAACCCAUGGGAGAACCGUUGGACAGUUGUGCGCCGCAGUGUUCUGAUGCAUGACAGCUAUGAUGUUUGCUUGGUGGCAAACCUCAACCCUAGAGGACUCAUGUCCCCACCUGUUGACUUGGUCACAGAGUGACAUCUCAGACAAAUCAAACUUUCUUUGGAAUUUGAGUAAGCAAUUGUCUCUGGGCCAGGAGUCAACAUAGUGCUGCUCUUUGUGUUGUUUGUGUUUAGAUAACUGAUGUGGAAGCCCUGAAAGUAAUGAGGCAAUGUACAAAAAACACUUUAUAAUUACUUUCACAUUUCAAAUGUGAUAUUUUAAAAAUAACCAUUUAAUUUGGUGGGCUAAUGGAAAAAACAGGUUGUAAAUAUUGGCUGCUUUUAGUUUUCUAUACAGUUGAACUGUUUGUCUCUAUUACAAUUUGAGAAAUGUGGAUGUCCUGGUACAAGUGGAAAUAGUUAUGGGUGAAUGAAUAGAUAUCAUAACAUUCAUAUGGGUCCCAGUAAAGGGCACAUUUUAUUUGAAAGAAUGUGCAAGAACACAAGUAUACUUUUAAAGAUACUUGUUAUAAUAUUUCUCUUUCCAAUAAAGCUACACAUACUUCUCCUCAGACCGAAUUAAUGCAAUAAAGUUAAUACAUACACACACAUACUGUAUGAAUAACAUAAACAGGUGCCGAUGCUGACAUGUGAGUGGGCUUUGGCAUGUGCUGGAUUGUUUCUAGUAUGAAGUAAGAAUCUCCUCCCUGACUGCUAUUUAAAGCUACCCAUCCUAACAUGCAGCAAGUUGUUUUAUGGUGAAGAGUGGGAUCAUGUGCUUUUGAGACAAACUACUUUUUCAACAAAUUAAAAGUAAAAAAGUGGUUAAAUAAAAAAUAAAAAAA